UCGAAACAGAAAGAAAAUGUGUGUUCAUCAACAUCAAGGCGAUAUAAGGACGCACUCUCUCCAAGCAAUUUGUUCACUGAAGCAAGAAGAGCAUUCGAAGAAAGGAGGGCUAUCGAAAAAAAGAAGGCAAAGUUCUUCACUCGUUCUUUUUCACUUCAUGAUAUAGGACCAUAUAACUCACGACAGUAUGACCGGAGAAGAGAUUUCAGUGCUACGAAACAUGCCCAGCAGUUAUAUUUCAUCUCAGCCCUCUUCUCAUAGCGAUGGCAGCUCAUCGUCAAGGUCACCCACCUCCCUGGGACAGCAUCAACGGUCGAUGGGGUCCCAGUCGCCGCCAACCUCACCGAGUUACCACGAGCUCAUGACUGUACCCAACGCUUACGAACGCUCCGUGCCUUCAUCGUUCAACUAUCAGCAAACGGUGCCUGUGGGGUCGUGGGCGACAUGCGCCUCGGCACCAGACCUUCGUCGCCCCAUGGACAAAUUGGACAUGGGUCUAUCUGGGACCGAUUUGAGUACGUAUGGGAGCAGCGAGGGCUUCAGCAACUUUCUUAACCUCUCUUCGGACUCUCUGGGGUCUUUGAAACUUGGAAGUAGCGGUGAACUUCUCCUGGAUAGAGACUCCCUUAGAGGCAGCAGCAUUAUCGGGAGUCAAGGAACGCUCGAUAGUGGGUUCGGAUCAACAUUUCUGAGUAGUUUAAUCAACGACCAACAUCAGUUGGGAUCUCUAAAAGAGCUAAGCCACACGGAGGUCGCCGAUACGCUGUUGUCUCUAAAGCAUUCCCGAAUGAAAAUCAACCCGUACGGACCAUCGGCUGCUUCGGCCCCAGCCAAUCCCGGCGUUGAGCAGCCCUAUCAAACUGCGGAAUUGGCAUCGAGCACAGGGUCGCUGCCCGCAAGUAUGGGGACGUCAGAAAGCUACGGUUCUCUCCGGAAUCAUCGCUACCUUCUUUCGGAUUACGAUACCGAACACGAAGACGACGGGCCUCUAUCAAGACCCUUUUCGAGCACGUCUUCGUUGGACCCAACGUCAUAUAGCUACUGGAUAAGGGAACCCCACGGGAGAGGUACGAUCUCAUCCUCUCGCCAUCUCCUUUCUUCUAGUGGAAACUUGAUCGCAAAGGCUCUGUCGACCUCGUCAAUCGGAUUGGUGGAUGGAUAUGAAACGAGUCGUUUACCAGAGACGGCGUAUUGGGCCGUCAACCAAUCCACACCUGGUGUGUUUGAAUCUACUAGAGAUCAUUAUAUCGGUGCAGCGAACAACGCCGACUACCACGCCAACAGUCCCGGCAGCAGCGCUCAGCUCUACACCACUCCUGCUCGCGUUGCGACCAUCAAAUCAACUGAACAACUCGACGCCUACUCUCCGGCAUCGCACAGUUCGCUGUCCUCGUCGACAUCAUCCGUCACGUCUGCAGUCACGAGCCAGGACGAUGCACGGCUAGGGAUCGCCACCAAGGCGACUUCGUCUUCGUUGACGAAAAUUCAAUCAAACGACUCGUUGAUUCACCGCUGCCAUUUUUGUGACAAGAAGUUCUCAAGACCCGGUGCCCUGAAGACGCACACGAAAAUCCACUUCGGAGAGAAGCAGUACAUGUGCCACGUGUGUAGCAAGGCUUUCUUCCAAGCCGCUAACCUCAAAGCUCAUCUCAGGGUCCAUAGCGGGGAGAAACCCUUCAGCUGCAACAUAUGCGGCAAAGGUUUUUCACAGAGCUCAUCUGUAAAGACACACGCACGCACGCAUUCCGGUGAACGUCCCUACACAUGCAAGCAGUGUAACAGAUCGUUCUCCGAUAAUUCCACACUCACCAAACACCAGCGGAUCCACUCGGGCCAGAAGCCCUACACCUGCACCUACUGUCGGCAGUCGUUCUCCCAGUCUGGAAACCUCAGUCGACACAUGAAGAUCCACGACAAAGCAAAGAACUAGGUCCUCCUCCUUGACACAUUGCUUUUCUGGGAAGUAAUUGCUAGCCCUUGUUAGCCAUGGCAACUUCAUACACUCUAGAAACACUGAGUAAAAUUUUUACCCAAUAUUUGGUAGAAAGGGAACAUGCAUGUUUGUCAUCAAUUAACAUUAUUUGAACCUCAUAUUGAGCUAUUUCAACGCAACAUUAUUUACCCAAACAACAAGCAUGUUCCCGGUUACCCAAUAGGUAAUCAUUUUUAUAGUGUACAUAGGUUUGUCAGGGGACUGGGAAAGAUUUUUUUUAAAGAGGGGUGCUGAUUCGAGAGAAAAAAAAGUUUCACUCCAAAAUGAAGGUGAUUUUUUUUCUUUUAGCAAACCAAUCUGAUUCAAGGGCUGCUGACCCCGCUUCCCAGGGCCACGAGUUUCAUAUUUUCACGUGAGGAAUAGUUUGUGUCCUCACUGCAUUUUUUUUCUGCCGGUACAGUUUGUGAAGCCGAAAGGACGGUGGGAAUGGCGAUAUAAUAAGGUUUAUUUACUCAGAUCACGCCUCAUGAAUAUUCAUGGCCACGAAAUGUUAAGAUGUAUCGUAAUAUCUGACCUAUCGAUCAGCUCGACUGGUUUGGUUCAAUCAGGAAGUCAAUAUUGCAGUUGAGUUCAUGGACGCGUGUUCCAGUCUCGCCUAGAACGAUUUUCCAAAGAUUUUUUUUUUCAAUAAGAAACUGAGACAAGAAUUCGAGGAUCAAAAUUUACGCUACUUAUGAAUACGUUUUUCGUUCACUAUCAGUUCAUAUCGCACAUUCUAUAUAGCUCCAGAUUCCUUUAUUAUUUAUUUCUCACAGAUAUGUAUAUAAUUUGAAAUACAUGUAUAUUAUGUCAUAUGUUGUUCGAUCGAAAAUGACUGCCCCUGUAGGUGUGUCGCGAUUCUGGGAUAAUCCCAAUAUGAAUGUAAAUUGUUUACUCUUGAACGAUUGAAUUGUAAAAAUAUCACUAAAAUUACACAGGAUGUCUUAUAAAAUCACCUUCACACACCCAGCUCCGUGUCUCUUAAACGAAAUGCGUUUAGUUCAUGAAUGUAAUAUUUUUCUUAAA